GAAAUAAUCUUCAGAGAGGAGAGAGGAACUCACAGUAGUCAAAUAAAAGAUCGGUGAACUUCAGAGGAAGUGGGUCUUUAAACAAAAAUAAUUUUCAAAAGUUAAAUUCGCGAGUGUAUCUAAAUCAAAACAUUGUGGUGAAUAGUCAGCCGUUAGUAUCAAUAUGUGAACACAUCAAACAAAUUAAAGAUUUAAUAGUUUGAAGAAAAUUGUGAACUACCAAGUAAUGUAUUUACAAUGCGAAGUUCCACUUAAACUCAACUAUGGUAUGUUGGAAGGAAUAUCAAAGAAAAAUGGCAAGAAAAUGUUUGUGUUGUGAUUUUCAAAUUUGGAAACACUGCAAAUGGCGGACUGUUGAUAAAACGAGAUAAUAUUUAUAAUUAAAAAUAAUUUCACAUUCCUUUAUUGUGCCAUACACACAUAAAUUAAUUGGUAGUUUUAAAGCUAAAAAAAAGUGAAAUAUGUCUGAAGAUUCUCGGCCACUUUUGGGAUCUCUGCGACACCAUCAUUCGAUGAGAUCAAUCUACCAAAGGAUCAGAAUUCUGAGACCGUCAUCUUUAAGAAAAUGCGUAUUUGCAAUUGUGUUGUUUUCGUUAAUAUUAAUUAUUAUUUACUCAAGACAGACGCGCUCACCUUAUUUAACCAAAUUUAUUCAAAGAUCAACGAGACCGGAACCUAACAUACGAUGUGGUGUUAUGAACGGACCUCGGGUUUUACAAAAUCACGAUCACAAAACUGAUGCAAGACUGCGUAGCUACCCGAAAGUUUUAGUUUUCGUAGAAACUAUGUAUUCUCAGUUAGGUAAAAAUAUAGCUGAGCUUCUUGUCCAUACUAGAUUAAAGUACAAAAUUGAGGUUAGUGGUAAAAGUGUACCAGUACUCACUAACUUAGAUAAGGGUCGAUAUGGUGUAAUAGUCUUCGAGAAUUUUAAUAAAUAUCUACAAAUGGACAACUGGAAUCGAGAACUCCUCGACAAGUACUGUCGAGAAUACUCUGUCGGUAUUAUUGGUUUCAUCACACCCGAAGAAGAAACAUAUGUUGGUACUCAACUUAAAGGAUUCCCAUUGUUCAUACACACCAAUCUUAGAUUAAAAGAUGCAGCACUAAAUGCAGCUUCGCAAAUAUUGAGAUUAACCAGAGCCGGAGAAACAGUCUGGGGUGAACUACCAGGGAACGAUUGGACGGUGUUUCAAGCUAAUCAUUCAACGUACGAACCUCUAGAGUGGGCUACUAGAAGUGAUUAUUUCCAAAUUAAUGAUAGUGGUUCCAAAGUUCCACUUCCUACAGUUAUCCAAGAUCACGGUCUAUACGACAAUAUCCAAAGAGUUAUUUUUGGUUCUGGAUUGAAAUUUUGGUUACAUCGACUACUGUUCUUAGAUAGUUUAAGUUACCUUAGUCACGGUCAACUAAGUUUGUCCCUCGAAAGAAAAUUUCUAGUUGAUAUCGAUGAUAUAUUCGUAGGAGAAAUUGGGACUAGAAUCCGACCAGACGACGUCUUAGCCCUGAUUGAUACGCAAGACAGAUUGGCGAAUAUGGUUCCCGGAUUCAAAUUUAAUUUAGGUUUUUCCGGAAAGUAUUUCCACCAUGGCAACAAUGAAGAGGACAAAGGCGAUGAUUUAAUAUUGGAAAACGUAGACAAAUUCAUGUGGUUUUCUCAUAUGUGGAAUCAUCAACAACCGCAUCUCUAUGACAACCUCACUUUACUCAUGGAAGAUAUGAUGUUGAAUAAAAAUUUCGCCAAAGAAAAUAGAAUACCAAUCGAUUCGGGUUAUUCGGUUUCGCCGCAUCAUUCUGGCGUGUAUCCCGUUCAUGAAAGUUUAUAUACGGCUUGGAAAAAAGUUUGGAAUAUCCGAGUAACGUCCACAGAAGAAUAUCCUCAUCUAAGACCGGCUAGAUUGAGAAGAGGAUUCAUACACAGAAAUAUAAUGGUGUUACCGAGACAAACGUGCGGGUUAUUCACCCAUACUAUGUUCAUAGACAGGUAUCCCGGAGGUAGGGAAAAACUAGAUGAAUCUAUACAGGGCGGUGAACUAUUUCAGACCAUAGUAUAUAAUCCAAUAAACAUAUUCAUGACCCAUAUGUCGAAUUAUGGUAACGAUAGACUAGGUUUAUAUACGUUUGAGUCUGUAAUCAAAUUCGUACAAUGUUGGACCAAUAUUAAAUUAACUUCAGCGCCUCCUUUACAGUUAGCUGAAAGUUACUUUAAACUCUAUCCUGGUGAAGCAGAUCCUGUUUGGGGAAACCCAUGUGACGAUCAACGACACCAAAAAAUUUGGUCUAGAAAUAAAUCAUGCGAUUCGCUUCCAAAGUUUUUGGUAAUCGGUCCUCAAAAAACUGGCACCACUGCGCUUUAUACAUUCUUAUCACUACAUCCAGCUAUAGCUAGUAACUUACCAAGUCCUACUACAUUCGAAGAAAUACAAUUUUUCAAUGCUCAUAAUUACCUGAGAGGAUUAGACUGGUAUAUGGAUUUUUUUCCUACCGAUUCUAAUUCUUCAGCCAAAUAUUAUUUUGAAAAGAGUGCUACGUAUUUCGACGGUGAAUUAGUACCCAAAAGGGUACAUGCUUUAUUGCCGCACGCCAAACUUAUAACUAUCCUAAUAUCUCCUGCUAAAAGGGCGUAUUCUUGGUAUCAACAUACGAAAGCGCAUGGUGAUAUUAUUGCGAAUAAUUAUAGUUUUCAUCACGUCAUAACUGCCAGUGAUACAGCUCCGAAACCCCUGAGAGAUUUAAGAAACAGGUGCUUAAAUCCAGGGAAAUACGCGCAACAUCUGGAAAGAUGGUUAACUUAUUUUCCAUCACAAUCAGUUCACAUAAUAGACGGAGAAGAAUUGAAGAAUAGUCCUGUAGAAGUUAUGAAUGAACUUCAAAAGUUUCUAAAGAUCAUGCCAUUUUUCAACUACACCCAACAUUUAAGGUUUGAUCCAAAAAAAGGUUUCUACUGCCAAGUAAUAACCGGAGACCAUACCAAAUGCCUUGGACGCAGCAAAGGUAGACAGUAUCCUCCCAUGGAGGAAAAAUCCCACAAGUAUCUACAGAGGUACUACUUAAGUCAUAAUACGGCCCUAGUGAAGUUAUUCAAAAAAAAUGGAAUUCGAAUUAUACCAAACUGGCUCAAAGAAGAUUUAUCUGAUAAUACUGAUAAUAAUUCUAAUUAAUUUUUUAUUUUUGUUUUAUUUAUUGAUGACAGAUUAUCCUAGCUACCAUAUUCUAUUGAAAAUGCAUAAUAAUUCAAUAGAUGUACUCGAAACGUUUUUCACAAAAAUAUAUUAUAUAGUUUCGAAACAGAAAUGCAUUACAUUAAUGUUUAUUUUUCAAAUACUUGUACCUAAAUAAGUACAAAAAAUAGAUUUUGAUUACUGUAUACUCAUACAAUACGUUUAAUCAUGCAUUGAACCAUACAAUUGAUCUACUUUUAUCUUGAUUCAAAUACAAGAUCAUAAUUUUCGCUUUUCUCUUUUAAUAAUUGUAGUGUUUUAAUUUUAGCUCAAUUAAUGCGAAAGGAAAAACAAUCUGCUCUUUAAUGGCAUAAACCCUUGAAUUUUGGGGUGGAGAAUACUGGGUCCGUUCCAUUCCUUAGACCAUACAGUUACAUAGACUUAUACUUUGACCGAGAAAGUGACUGUACUGUUCAAGAUGUUGUUAGUGGACUGUAUUGAUUGUUAAAAACUCAUAUAAUUUUUUUAUUCGGCGGAUUAUGACUAUUAACAAAUCUAAAUACCACCGGAUCUCUCCGGGAUAGAAAAUAAAAGAUUUAUACUCAACGGUUUGGCAACGGUGCAUAUCGCGGGAGGUGUCUUCAAAUAUACGUAAUAAUUAUAAAAAGCCUCUAUAUAAGUUAAUUUCUAUCACUUAUAAUAACAACUAAGUGAUGAAGAUAACUAACAAUAUCGAUUAUUGGAGGCAAUAAACGCAAUUGGGUUUCAUUUGUUUGCCAUCUAAACCACUAUCUACACGACUAUCAGUUUGGGAAUAAAAAUCUGACGAUUGGAAGAUCUCCGGUCUAAAUUGGUCCGAAGAAUAUAUAUCGAAUAUUAAUUCCUAAAAAGGAGAAGUAAUUCUAUUCUUUUAGUUAUGCCAGUUUUUUUAGUUGGGGAAAAUAGGAGAGAAAUAGCAAUCCAAGUAUCUGUGGCCUAUGGUUCCAAUUUCGUUUUAAGUAAGUUUUGAAAUUUGGUGUUUGUAAUACAGAUAAAACUACUACCUUAAUCUGUCUCCACUAAAUCAUAAUGUUUUACUUGGUUUUGAAUCAUUAUUGAAUAAUAUACAAUUACAAGAGCUGUUACUUUGGCCGAGAAAGUAGCUUUAUACGAUUCUAUAAUCCCUUGAAAGGUUUCAGUUACUUACUUUAUUGAAAAGUAUUUUCAGUACCUUUAUGGUUCAAAGAAUCAAAAAUAUUUUCUAUUUUGUUUAAGUAAUCGAAAUCCAUUUAUUAAUCCCUGAAAAAAGUAAUUAAAGUAAUUUUAUUCUCUCAUCCAAAUUGGAAAGCAAAAAAUAGUAUGAAUUGGAAUUGAUAUUCGAAUACCCGUCGAUUAGGUUAGUCCUAAUAGAUGUUUUGCCAGUUUUCUUUUGCUGGGGAAAAUAGCGAUCAAAGUAACUGUGGUCUAAGGUUCCAUCUGUUUCAGUCAUUUUUGAAAUUUGGUGUUUGUAAUACUACCCCCUUAAUGUGUCUCCACUCAAUCACAGUCAUAUUCGAAUUUCUACUGGUCACUUUAGUCUCAAUAGAUGUUUUGCCAGUUUUCUUUAGGGGAGAAUAGGAGAGAAAUAGCAGUCCAAGUAACUUCAAUUUGUUGCCAAUGUAGUGUCCUUUCAGUUUGUCGGGAUAGAUAUCGGAUAUUUAUUUGUAAAUAAAAAAUAUUAUUAGGCAUUUUUUUAAUAAUGGUAAUAAAGGACAAUCUGCUUAACGUUUAAAUAAUGCCUAGUAAAAUAGAAGAUUGAACAGUAUUUUUUACAACUUUAUUAUUUAUAAAUUAUUGUAUAAAUAACAUACUUCUGUUUACCAGUCAUUAUGUAAGUUAUGUUAUACGGUCUAAAUUAAUUUCUUGUAGGCAAAUAUUGUCUCGAAGAAAUAUGGAUUUAUUUAAAGCAACUAAAAUAUACAUACGAGGUGUGAUAACAAAAUACUGCUAUUUUAUAAAAUUCAAAUUCGUAUCUACGAAACUACUGCCUUGGUUAACAAUGUACUUAUUCCAGUGUUGAAUCCAGAAGUGACUUCCAUAUGCUCUGUCUUGAUCUUGUCAAUGUGAGUAGUAGGAAAAUCUCUUUUUAAAUAGCCUAUACCACUUGUCACUACAGACAAAUUUCUUGAGCUUCUUUGGUACUUUUUUACAAAUUAUAACGAUAAGAUCAUACAGUGUGGGAAAAAUAAAUGAAAUUUAUUUAUUAUUUAAUUCUACAAUAUUAGAUGUACAUACUGCAAUAAAAAUUCAUUGAUCUUAUUUUAUUAUCACCCCUCGUAUAUUUUUUAAUCUGUACCUUUUAAUAAUUUUGUAUAUUACUUGUAUAUUGAUUAUAUUUUAUUUUUGUACUUAGAUAUUUUAUUCUGUGUAUUUUUAUUAGAAAUUCAAUGAGAAGAUUGAACUUCAUGUUCGGUUUUGUAGCUGUUAUAAUAAUUAUUUUCGAAAUAAUUAAUUAAACCAACUUUAUAUUGCAACUCAUUUGAUAAUGUCUUUUAAAAAAAUAUUUUCAACUUGUCAAUUCCCUAUAACAUCUCUAUUUGUCCAAUCCGUCAGGUUUCAUGUGUUUUAUAUCAUCUUCUCAUCUCAUUUGAGGCAAUCUUCUUCUUUAUAUUUCCACGCUCUCUAAUUCUUGAUACGUUUGUUUCUACCAACAUUUAUCCACAAAAUUUUCCCACGUAGCACACGUUUUGUUUUUGUAUUUAUAUCCAUAUUCAGAAUUCGUAAAUGAGCAAAUUGAUUGGUAAGUUGAAAUUUUUGCACACACAAAUCCAUGAAUUCUUGGCAGAAAUGUGACGGCUAGAUCCAUUGCAAUAUUUCACCAUAACACGGAUUCGAUUUUUCGAUUCAAUUACAACUGCUACAAUCACUUCUCGCAAAGAAUAAGUUCAAACGAAUGACUAGGUCAACAUGCACACCCUACUGAAUAAACUUUUUACACCUACAUUCAAGAUUACACUGUCUGACGCGCGUUUCGUUAACCAAGUUUACGUCUUCAGAGACUGAAGGUAAACAGUUUACUGAACACUCUAGUUUAUACUACCAAUACACCAACACUCACAACUACACUAUCAGUUUACUUUCUGAAGACUUAGUUGUCGAAACGCGCCUCAGACAGUGCAAUUGUGAGUGUUGGGGUAGUGGUAGUGUAAAUAGUGUUUCAGUAUGAAUAUCACUAACUGUUCCAGAAAUUCCAACUUAAUCACUAGGAUCAUAGAAUAUGAAUCAAUUAAAAUUAUAAAUUAUGUGUUAAAUGAACAUUUAGAAGCUGUACUAAUUAUGUGAUUGUAUUUGUGAACCAUUGAUAUAGACAGUGAUUAAAAAAAUUAAAAUGUCGUGUAAAUAUCGAUGGUUUACAUGACACAUGAGAUAGUUACGAAGGGGAAAUUUAGAGAAACAUAUAAAUAGCAGAAUAAGUUGGAGAAAAGCUCUCUUUUGUGUCUCUUGGGCAGUUUGAUCCCUGAGUGGUGUUGUUUUAUUUAUUGGUAUCAAUAAAAGGAACAAUAUACAUGUGUCGAGAAGUACCUGCACAGUGUAUUAUCAACAUUAUCACGUAUUUGUACAGUUUGGUUAUUCAACUGUACGACCCAGCUAAUUUUGUUUCAAUUCCGACCAAUUUCUACCAAUAAUUCAUGCAUUUGGUCCCUGUGUGCAUUGGUAAUAACCAUAUUAAACACACUGUUCACACUACCACACUCACAGUUACACUAAACUUCUUAGUUCACCUUCAGUCUUUGAAGACGAUAACUUGGUUAUCGAAACUCGUGUCUGACAGUGUGUUCAAUAAAAUUACUACUUUAGAGUUUAAUUUCUUCAAAUAUGGCCUAAACCAUUAUCUAGUUUUUCAUAUCAUUUCCAUCUCAUUCUAAUUUUCUUAAAACUUCCUGUAGAGCCUCAUUUGGAAUUUUGAGAUACUUAUGAAUUAAUCAUAUUAGAAUAUUUGAUGAAUCGAUGAAAAUUAUAUGGCAAAUAAUUCGUAAAGAUGACAUAUCAGUGUAUAGUGGCAAUAUACUUCUUUUUGUAUUAUUAUUACUAUAAUAAAAAAUAUUUUGGAAAAAUAUUUUCAAUACCUAGAAUUCAAUUGAACAAUUUAGAAUAUUGCAAAAAGUUGAAAUUAUAAAUCAAACUGCAGUUGCCAUAAUGUGAGGUAUUAAAAAAUAUUGGACCCAGAUAAACUUCCAAUAAUUUGUCUUCAUUCAUUUGUUCAUAUUGGUAAUUCUCAUAAAUCUAUUUAAAAUCUAUUUGAAUAGAUUAAAUAAUUAUGAAAUCUUAUCAUUUAUUUUUUUUUAAAUAUAGAAUAAAAAAUUCGGCUAGGUUAAAUUAACCUACCAAUUAUGGAGUAAAACUAAUAUUGCAGUUUGAACAUGACUGAAAAAUACUUACAAUCAAUACUUUUUCUUAUCGUAGUAGUAAUCACAGUUCAAUUAAAACAAUAUGAAUUUACAAAAAAUAUUUUACUUUGGAAAUUAUUAAAAUCUCUCAGUGAGAUUGUUGAACAUUGUUUUGAACAAAGCUCAAAAAAUUAUAACCUACAGUUUACGGUAGCUCUCAAAAAUCAGAUCCACAAUGUCUUCUCAUUGAUUCUAACCCAAAAUACUCAAAAUUUAGCUGAAAUAACAUCCUCUUCUGAUCAGUUUUGGGGCUUGAAAGUUUCAAUAAGCAAAAAACGUAGUCUGAAAGUCGUUACCUCUUAACUCAUCAUCCCCUCACUUUUAUUCAAAAUGAGGGAAUGACAAAACAAAUCAUAACCUAAAAAAAUCUCACAACAUAACCUUUCGUUACCAGCUAGCUUAUCGCUACGCUUUCUAACCUCUAAGAACUUGAAGUCAGUUCGCCAUUCCGAACAAAUAACCGUACUACCAACUGUCAAAAACUAAUGCGAGUAUUACCAAAGUUCUCAAAAAUAUACCUACUUAUCGACUGUUGGUAAGGCUGUGAGGUAAUGACAAUUUUUCAUAGGGUAAAUAUCGAAUUAACAUUGGAUAAGUAUUUAAUGACUUAUGAUCCUAAAUUCAGAGAAAGUUUGUUGUAUUGUAAUAGUCAUAGUUCCGAACAGAUUUUUAAAAAAAUUCUUAAUAAAAACUUUGGACAAAGUUCUAAUCUGGAUAUCGGGACAUAGUGAGGGAAGGAUUUUCAUAUAUGUUCAAUUCCUCACAAAUUCCCAUACAAUCCCAUAGUUAUUACCAACAAAUUUAACCUUGAUGAUGAUUACCCAUAUAUAAUGUGAUAUUUUUUCCUUAAUUUUCACUACCUAAGAUGGAAUAAAAUGAAUGUAUCGCAUUCAAUUCUUUUACUCAAUUAUUAUAUCUAUCUACACUUACUGGUGUAAGACAUGGGGUUGAGUAUUUUUUUAAUCGAAUCUUUUCUCCAAGGUCCUUUCAAUUUAUUGCGGUCUUUUGUUUGUGCUGGUACCUCAUCUAUUUUCUCCCCUCUGUUUCAGUGGCUUUAUUGAUUUCGUCCAUCCUCAUCUUUCUUUAUUUAUCGCCCUUAUUAUUCUUACUUCUAGUAUUCUUUUCAUCCUUUUCAGUUGUCCGAACCAUUUUAGUUGAUUUUCUUCUAUGUAUUGUUUUGAAUUCAACAUUUACCAGUAUGUUAUUAUCUUAUCUCUCAUAUUCUUCAAGGUUACAUUUUUCUUUUGGAUUGUCUCUGUAUGAUGAUCUCAGUUUCAUCCCAAAGCUUUUGAGAGGAUAAAUAAAUGUAUUGAAUUCAGUUCUUUUUAUUCUAUUUGAAAUAUUUUAUCUGGGUCCAUUUGCACACAGUACAGAUCCAUAAAUAUUUUACUACAUCUGCAGAUCUGUGCUGUGUGUUCUAAAAUAAUUACAGUAAUACAUAUUCGUAUUUAAAGAUGUAAUUAAAUGAAUAUGAACGUGCAAUAGAGUAUUCGCGUCCAGUGAUAGAGCUUGAAAUGAGUAGAUGUUAAAUAAUCUUGGUGUAUUCUUUCUGUACAAAAUGUGUUUGUUUCUUCUGUUAUGUUUUAUAAUAUUUCUUAAACAUAUCUCUAUGACUGAAUGUUACAGUUUUUAUAACUUGAAACAUUCAAUUGAAUAAUAAUAAAACAGAAAUAUUCACAAAAUAAAACAAAAUUCUAUGAAGGGUUAGUUUUUGCUUUUUAAUAUAUAUGCUACUGAAAAAUAAGAGAAACAAAUAAAGAUUGAAACUAUUUUCUUAAAAAAAAAAUACUGAACACACCGUUUAAUACUGCUACACCAACACAAUCACAUUGUCUGGUCCUUCGAGCCGGAUAUGAACCAGCGACUCAUUGUAGAAUGUAGUGCUGGUGUGGUAGUAAAUUGUCCAGGGGAUAACUAUAGGCUGCGACUUUAGCUGCUUUUGUCAACGAUCAUUUACAGCUCGUCAUCUAGUUCCAGAGUCCUUAUAAACUGUAAUAUCUACGAUGACUUCAAUUACCUCACAUCUUCAUUCCUACAAAUCUACAAAUUUUCCAUCCAAGUAUUUUUUGAAAUGGUUUGUAAUUGCAGAAUAUUCUGUAACUAGAUGAUCUGAAGUUUCUUCUUCUCCCCCAUAAAAUUUCUGCUAAACCAAGCUAUUGAAAAGUUCCAAAAGUUUUUUUUGUAAUAAAACGAAAUCCUGGCUUUUCAAUAACAACCAAUAAUGGUUAAAUGUUAUGUAUGGUCGUUAAUGCUAUGCGGAGUAUAGUCGUGGACUCCAAAGGCCAGGAAGAUGAACCAACUGGAGGCAUUCGGAAUGUGGCUUCAGAGAAGAAUGCUUUGAACUCCAUGUUAUAAACGAAAAUGUACUACGAAGAGCAAACGUCAGAAAGCAACACUUGGCGAUAAUAAAGCAACAGUUGUGGCUCAGAGAUAUUUGAGACUGGACCGGCAUAACAAGGGAUGCUGAACUUUUUCUCUUGGCAGAGGACCAUGGUGAUCGCCAACGUCAGGGAUACCGGACAAGGCACGUGAAAGGAGGAGUCUUGGAAACAUCUGCCAAAAUAAUUCUUUUCCAGAUUAUUCCUUAUCCUGGAACCCUGGAACAGGUUCCAGUCAAGUCUAGUGCAAUGGUAAUAUUGUUCGGUAUCAUUAUCAUCAACAAUUCUUAAUUGCAAGGACAAAACUAUGAUUCGUAAUGUUGUAAAAAAUUGCUGAAUCUGGUGAACUCUACACAGUUCGUCAAUAAAUUUUUAUCCUUGUGGUAGCUAGAAAUUUAACGAAAAUUGAAAUUAUGGGGAAUGCACUAAGUAUUUAGAGAAUAUGAUCGUUAUAAAUCUACACAUUAAAUUAUGAUUUGUUUGAAUGAAUUGAAUGUUUCAAGUUUAAACAGAUCGAAGUAAUAAUUUAUUCAAAACUUGUACAUAAAUAUGUGUGCCAUUAUUGUAAACGGUUCAUAGUAAACUGGAAAUGCGAUAACUGAAAUAUGUAUUUUUAUUUGUAAAAAAUUUUAUCAUUUUUUUAUAAUUAAGGUAAUGGAUGGAAAUUCUUUUAGUUAAAUUUCCUUUCUGAAAAUUCUGUUUACAAAAUGUUUCUGAUGCAAAGGUGUAUUAAAAUUUUCCAUAACUUCAAUUUGAUUAAUUUUGAUUAUUGACCUUAGAGCAAUAUAUUAUUAAAUAUCAAAAUAAAAAAGUUGAGAUAUGGUUUAAAGUCUUCAAAAAAUUAGUAUGAACCGACUUACAAAAACUUAAAUGAACUACAUAAUGGUGAAUAUUCACGGUUUAAAUGUAUAAUCCAUAGAAACUUUAAAAUUGUAAAUUUUAUACAUUUUUUAUAAAAAAGUUCAUAAUUUUAUAGCAAAUAUUUUGUUGUAUUUCAAAUCUGUUGACUAAUUUUUUUUAAAGUUACUAUGGCUAAUUUUCAUUGUCCAAGAAUAUUGAAAAAUAUAAAAAAUAUACUGUA